AUGGCGAAUCACAACUCCAAUCAAAAUUUCAACUCAAACCAACACCUCAAUCAAAAUCAAUUCCAAUCCCAAGGAACCUUUCUUCCCGCCCAAAACGUCCAACCCAUACCUCAAGAGCAACCGGGUGGUAACGUCAACGCUAGACCACCCACACCGCCUUUCAGAAACCAAAAUCCCAAUAACACCCAACGAACACCCCAACAACAAACCCUUCAUCGACAAGCUUCUUUACCCAUCAACCUUGAUGAUCGGAAUGUCAACUCCGAUCGUAGAGAUUGGGGAUACAUCAAUCGGGGUAAUGGCUACAAUGCAAGAGGGUACGAAGAUGAAGAGUUUGGCUAUCAAAAUGCCAACUACGUUGGGGAUGACGAUUAUGGUCAUGGGAAUAGAAGGAAUGACAGUUACGAGAACAACCGCCAACCACGAAAUAACAACCAAAGGAAUCGAAAUGACGGGUAUUACAAUAACAAUAAUAAUGGCAACCCUAAUCGGAUUCCUCGUUUCGUGGGAGGGGGCAAUCAAAGAGGUAACCAAGGUAGGAAUCACGGAAGGGAUGAGAGAAGGGAUGAACGAAGGAACGAAAGGAGAGAUGAUAGAAGGGAUAACCGAAGAAUGGGUGAUAAAGAGGUUAACGGUCCUUAUCGUCAUCAACAACCUCCACGGGGAGUGAAUGACCGUUUCAGGCCGAUUGUCACCGAAAACGAUUCACCAAUCGUUUGUGAGUGA